AUGACAACCAAUAAUUCAAUUAAUAUUCCUACAGCAAAACAAAUUACUCUCCAAAUGAGAUUGCAAGAAAAACAACAAGAAUAUGAAAAUUUGUUAGUUUUGAAAAAAACUUCUCAGGAGUUGGUAAAUUACUUUGAUGCAUUGUCCUUGAAAUUUGAAGAAUUAAAUAGUGGAUGUGAAGGUGUUGCUAUGAUUCUUCGUAACUGGCAAACCGUUUUUAGAACACUUUUAUUAUCUGAAGAAGCUCAAUCACAGUCUCAAGAUGCCAAUCAUAUACCAACAUUAACGUUAAUACCAACUAGUAUGAACCCUUCUGAAAAACCAUGA